CAUGGACAGAGAGAAGAGAGACGUGAGAAGAAAAUAAUUUGAGGCAUUCCACGGCUUUGGCAACAUCAUCUUUUGUACCUCACUUAUGCAAGACGCAACAACAGCUGCUGUGAAAAAAAGGCGUCUUGCAGAGGAGAAACCUGGAGAAAGAGACAGAGCAGCGGGAAGAAGGGGGACAUUUGACAGAUAAAAAGAGGGAGCUCUGCAGCAGGAUCCCCACCGUGCUGAAUACAGGACUGCGUGACUGGUCUGUGCAAGCAGAGGGAGGAGAGAGGAGAGAAGGGAAGAAGGUAGGAGAGAAAGAAGGGGGAUGGGAGGCAAUUCAGCGCAGUACAAGCAGACUGGAUGAGUAGCAGCCGCGGCACAGGCAGCAGCAUCAGCACCACUAGCUGUAGCAUCUUUCUUUGUGGCUGCUGGAGCCUGUCUUGUGGCUGCUGUAGCAUCAAUAUCAUCCACAUACGCGCAAAUAUCUGGACACAGAUAUUUGUCCCACUGCUUGCCUUAUACACACACAUGUCGUGGUGGCCACCAGAAAAGAGGUAGUAAGUGCCAGGGCUCGGGGGACAGAGGGACACAGGAAGAGGAAACAGGGACAACUGGUGGUAGCACAAACGAGAGGAGGGCUGGAGCAACGUUGACUGUAGGAGCAGCAGCAGCAGUAGCAGCGGCACCAUGGCACAAGCCGCCAAGCAGCUCCGCAAGACCAAGGACCUUGCGGAGGCUGCCGCCCAAGAGCAGAGGGAGAAGGAGGAGGAAAAGAUAAAAAAGAGGAAUCGAUCCAGGGACCGCAGGCGCAAGGCUGAUGCAUCCACCAGCUUUCUGCGAGCCGCUCGUUCAGGGAACCUGGACAAGGCUCUGGAUCACAUCAAGAAUGGACUCGCCAUCAACAUUGCUAAUCAAAAUGGUCUCAACGGGUUACACCUGGCCUCUAAAGAAGGUCAUGUCAAAAUGGUCCUGGAGCUCCUACAUGCUGGCAUUGAGCUGGAAGCCACCACCAAGAAAGGGAACACCGCUCUCCAUAUCGCUGCGCUGGCAGGGCAGGAGAAAGUGGUGGCUGAGCUUGUCAACUAUGGUGCCAACGUCAAUGCCCAGUCACAUAAAGGGUUCAGUCCUCUCUACAUGGCAGCACAGGAGAAUCACCUAGAGGUAGUCAAAUUCCUGCUAGAGAACGGUGCCAAUCAGAGUCUCCCAACCGAGGAUGGCUUCACCCCCCUGGCAGUAGCCCUCCAGCAGGGCCAUGAAAAUGUUGUGGCACUCCUCAUCAACUAUGGCACCAAGGGCAAGGUCCGCCUCCCUGCGCUGCACAUCGCUGCGCGAAACGACGACACACGCACCGCCGCAGUGCUCCUGCAGAACGACCCCAAUGCUGAUGUUCUCAGCAAGACUGGUUUCACACCACUCCAUAUUGCAGCCCACUAUGAGAAUAUGAGUGUUGCCCAGCUGCUGCUGAACAGAGGAGCCAAUGUAAACUUCACCCCCAAGAAUGGCAUCACGCCCCUUCAUAUAGCCUCCAGGAGGGGCAAUGUGAUGAUGGUCAGACUACUCCUAGACAGAGGAGCACAGAUUGAUGCCAUAACUAAGGACGAGCUGACUCCUCUUCACUGUGCAGCCAGGAAUGGCCACGUUCGCAUCCUUGAGAUCCUGCUGGAACACGGUGCUCCCAUCCAAGCUAAAACCAAGAACGGUUUGUCCCCCAUCCACAUGGCAGCUCAGGGUGAUCACAUGGACUGCGUCAGGCAGCUACUGCAGUACAGCGCUGAGAUUGAUGAUAUCACACUGGACCAUUUAACCCCUCUUCAUGUAGCAGCCCACUGUGGUCACCAUCGGAUGGCCAAAGUCUUACUGGACAAGGGGGCCAAAGCCAAUGCACGUGCUCUGAAUGGCUUCACACCUCUCCAUAUUGCUUGCAAGAAGAACCACAUGCGGUCCAUGGACCUGCUGCUGAAGCAUUCUGCUUCCCUAGAAGCUGUCACAGAGUCUGGUCUCACUCCUCUUCAUGUAGCAGCAUUCAUGGGCCAUCUGAACAUAGUGAAGAACCUGCUCCAGAGAGGGGCCUCACCUAAUGCUUCCAAUGUGAAAGUGGAGACUCCCCUCCACAUGGCCUCUAGAGCAGGACACUGCGAAGUUGCUCAGUUCCUGCUGCAGAACGCAGCCCAAGUGGACGCCAGGGCUAAGGAUGACCAGACACCCCUACACUGUGCGGCCCGUAUGGGCCACAAGGAGCUUGUCAAGCUGCUCCUUGAGCACAAGGCCAACCCGGACUCGGCUACAACUGCAGGCCACACGCCUUUACACAUCGCUGCACGUGAAGGACAUGUCCACACUAUUCGAAUCUUGUUGGAUACUGGGGCACAGCAGACCAAAAUGACAAAGAAAGGCUUCACUCCCCUCCAUGUGGCCUCUAAAUAUGGGAAGGUUGACGUGGCUGAGCUCCUUUUGGAGAGAGGAGCCAACCCUAAUGCAGCUGGGAAGAACGGUCUGACACCCCUUCAUGUGGCCGUCCAUCACAACAACCUGGAUGUUGUUAAACUCCUGGUCAGCAAGGGAGGAUCUGCACACAGCACUGCCCGAAAUGGCUACACUUCCCUGCACAUAGCAGCCAAGCAGAACCAAAUCGAGGUGGCCAGUUGUCUGCUGCAGAAUGGGGCAACCCCCAAUGUCGAGUCCCUUCAAGGCAUCACGCCCCUACACCUGGCUUCACAGGAGGGUAGGCCGGACAUGGUGGCCCUGCUCAUCUCCAAACAGGCCAACGUAAAUCUUGGAAACAAGAAUGGAUUGACCCCUCUGCAUCUUGUGGCUCAGGAAGGGCAUGUGGGAAUAGCUGACACACUGGUCAAACAAGGGGCCUCUGUUUAUGCUGCUUCACGGAUGGGCUACACACCCCUUCAUGUGGCCUGUCACUAUGGCAACAUCAAGAUGGUGAAGUUCCUUCUGCAGCAGCAGGCUCAUGUGAAUAGCAAGACAAGGUUGGGCUAUACCCCUCUGCACCAGGCAGCUCAGCAGGGCCAUACCGAUAUUGUCACCCUGUUGUUGAAACACGGAGCCCAGCCCAAUGAGAUUACUACGAAUGGGACAUCUCCUCUGGGUAUUGCUAAGCGGCUGGGUUACAUCUCUGUCAUUGAUGUUCUGAAACUGGUUACCGAGGAGUCUGUCUCUGCGAUCACUACAGAAAAGCAUCGGAUGAGUUUUCCGGAGACAGUUGACGAGAUUUUGGAUGUUUCAGAGGAUGAAGGGGUUGCCCAGCUAACGUUAGGAGACGAGUUGCUCGGGAUGGAUGGAGCGCGCUAUUUGAAACUUGAUGACUUCAAGGACCAGGACGAUGACUUCCUCUCCCCGAAGAAAACCCUUAGAGACUUUGAGGGUGGCAUGGGUACAACGCCAUAUUCUCCUGCAAUUCCCAGGAUCCCUUGUGUGUCUCCAGAGACUGUACUACUGGAUCAGCACACCCCCAUCCCCCUGCCAAAGGAGUACGAUGAAGACUCUCUUAUCCCGAGCAGUCCAGCUACAGAGACUUCCGACAACGUCAGCCCUGUGGCCAGCCCCAUUCACACCGGCUUCCUGGUGAGUUUCAUGGUGGACGCUCGAGGAGGCUCCAUGCGAGGCAGCAGACACCACGGCCUGCGAGUAAUCAUUCCUCCUCGAACCUGCGCUGCGCCAACGCGCAUUACCUGCCGCCUGGUCAAGCCUCAGAAACUGACCACACCUCCUCCGCUGGUGGAGGGGGAGGGGCUUGCUAGCCGUAUCAUCUCCCUAGGACCGUCCAGUAUGCAGUUCCUUGGGCCAGUAAUAGUAGAAAUCCCACACUUUGCCUCACUGGGCCGAGGGGACCGGGAACUUGUGGUUCUCCGCAGUGAAAAUGGCUCGAUCUGGAAGGAACACCGUAAUCGCUAUGGCGACGAAGUACUGGAAACUAUUCUGAAUGGCAUGGAUGAAGACUUGGAGAGUUAUGAGGAGCUGGAAAAGAAGAGAAUCCGUCGGAUCAUCUCCACUGAUUUCCCCCUCUACUUUGCUGUGGUCUCCCGCAUUCAGCAGGAGAGCGAUCUAAUUGGUCCGGAGGGCGGCCGGCUGACCAGUAAACUGGUGCCCCACGUCGAGGCUAUUUUCCCUGAUACGGCUGUCACCAAGAGAGUGAGACUGGGACUGCAGGCGCAGCCAAUACCUGAUGAACUGCUGACUCGGCACCUUGGUAACCAGGCAACCUUCAGCCCAGUGGUUACCAUCGAGCCACGCAGACGCAAAUUCCACCGUCCGAUCGGGUUGCGCAUCCCUUUGCCACCAUCCUGGAGAGAGAGUGUUCGGGAUGCUGGAGAGGGUGAUACCACCAGCUUGCGACUCCUGUGCAGUGUCAUUGGUGGCACAGCCCCAGCUCAGUGGGAGGACAUCACUGGAACCACCAAGCUGAUGUAUGCCAACAACUGCGCCAACUUUACCACCAAUGUUUCUGCAAGAUUCUGGCUGGCAGACUGUCCACGCACGGCAGAAGCAGUGACCUUUGCCAAUUUGCUGUACCGAGAGCUGAUGUCUGUUCCAUACAUGGCCAAGUUUGUUAUUUUUGCCAAGAUGAAUGAAGCGCGCGAGGGACGCUUGCGUUGUUACUGCAUGACAGAUGAUAAGAUGGACAAAACACUGGAGCUGCACGAAAACUUCACCGAAGUGGCGCGCAGUAGAGACAUUGAGCUGAUGGAGGGCAUGCCACUGCAUCUGGAGUGUUCUGGGAACCUGGUGCCCAUCAGGAAGGCCACGCAGCAGCCUCGCAGCUUCAGCUUCCAGGCCUUCAGAGAUAACAGGCUGCCCGUCUCUGUCAAGGUCAGAGAUAGUAACAAGGACGCCACUGGGUUUUUGUCCUUUCUGCGGAAGUGCACCAAAUACGAAGACACACAGCAUGUACUGUGUAACCUUAACAUAACCAUGCCGCCAUGUGUCAAGGUUAUAGGAAGUGAGGAGCGCAGGCGAACCUUAACCCCCCUCGCCCUGAGGGAACGCUACAGUGCACUGAAUGAGCCUGGUGUGGCCACAGUGAAUGCCAUGGAGAGGACUGAGAUCAAGAUCAACAUCAUAUCUGAACAGCUUGGUUUGAGCUGGGCAGAGUUGGCCCGUGAACUUCAGUUUGGUGUGGACGACAUCAAUAGGAUCCGUGUGGAGAAUCCCAACUCCCUGCUGGACCAAAGUUCUGCCCUGCUCAACCUGUGGGCCAGCAGAGAAGGCAAAAGGGCCAAAAUGGAGAGCCUUUACACCGCUCUGAAGAACAUCGACCGUGCAGACAUCGUAACCUCUGUGGAGGGUCAAGCUCCACAGCCAGCACCCGGUUCUUCAGAAGAGGGUGCUUGUCGUCUCAUCGACCGCGACUCCACCCUGCUGUCCCCCAGUGUCCUCAAUGAGGUCACGGACACAAGGCCACCGCGCCUAGUGCGCAAGCCACGAGUUAUUAGACCCCCGUUUUUCAGGAGGGGUUAUGGGCUGGUGCAGGAUGAGCUGCUGUCCCCGGCCUCCAUGCAGUACAGCUUGCCUUCUCCACUGGGCAUAGAGCCCUACUGGCAGGAAGUCUCCAGCCUCGAGUGUGCCCCUAUUGCCACCACCGAAGAAGACACAUUAAUGGAGAUGUCAGACGUUCAGGUGUGGCCAGCAGGGGUCAGCCCCUCGCUGGUUACGGUGGAGGACUCAUCGCUAGAGGGCAGCAGUCGGGCUGACGACUCAGAGGGCGCCACGCUCUCCCUUCCCUGCAGCUUGGGUCGCCCGAGCAGCGGUGCCAGCGGGGCCAGCGGCUCCAUCAUGGAGCUGGAGGAGGAGGAGGAUGAGGAAGGGGAGGUUGAGGAGGAGGAGGCACCACAGGAGCCAGCAACUACACUGGCAGAAAGGGACAGGGUGAGGGCCAGUGGCGCCGUUCCCAAGGUCAACCUAAAUGGCCAGCUGGGAGGUCAGAGGUCGGAUAAGAGGAGAGGGGAGUCCCUCGCAGCAGGAGGAGGAGCAUAUGGUGGGGGAGGUGUUGGGAUGGGUUCAGUGGAAGGAAUUUCUGUUGUUGCAGGCCAGCAGGUGUAUGCCCAGCGGUGUGAGAUGUUGGGACUGAGUCGGGCUGCGGAGCACAAUGGAGAUAACCGAGUGGUCGGAGGCGGCGCAUUUCAGCCCUACUUACCAGACAGGGACUCCCUGCAGGGCUGGGUGGGCUCGGUGUCAUCGGGACGUGGAGACAGCGGGCCAAGCUUGCGCGUGGCCCAGGAGGCUCUGCUGACUCCGAGAGAGGAGAAAGAGGACUAUGCUGCUGAGGCGCAGUUUGUUUCUGAACACGGAAACCAGCUUGCUCGAAAGGUGGGGGUGGAUGUGAGAAAGGGCGCUCAGUCAGUGCAGCGCACCAGUCUGCGGAGAGUUAAACACUGAAAUACACAUACUACCCAGUCCUCCAGGACCGGAAAGCCACUGCCAAACCAUCCUCCACAAAAACACAACCAGACCGCAGAGGAAAAUGAGCAAGGGACGAGUAAGACAAAGACUAAGAAGUGUAAACCACAAAAUGACAAACACAGAAUCAUCCUCAACGUGUGACCAUGGAGCACCACAAAAGAAAAGAGACAGAUGGGGGUAAAAAAGAGGAGUUCAACUUGUAGUUUUAUAACAUUUGUAAAGAAAAAUAUCAGCUAGACUAAGGCAUGAUGAUUCUUUCUUUUUUUCUUUUUCUUUUUCUUUUUUUUUCUUUUUUUUUACAAAAAAACCCAUAAAUAUCAGUAAAACAAACCAAGAAAAAAAAGCAACAAAAAGUGCUUCCUGUGAACUGUAAUCGCAUGAUGACUGCUGGUGCAUGCCCUUUGACCUUUUGAACUGUCAUUAUCUAUAAACUGAAGGGGUACAAGGUACGGGGCUGGCCCACGCUUGGGACAAACAGGCCAUUCUAAGGACCCCCACCCCCCACCCCACCCCCCUAAACUGGAGUGGCAAGCAAGUUGAGUCUAAUAACACAACAGCCAAAAAGAAGUCCCUGGAUGGAUGGUUCUGUAUACAGCUAAGCCUCUGCUGAGCCUACUGCUUCUUUUCACUGGACCCUUUCCCUUAUUAUUCUCAAUGUGAUAUAUGCACUCUAUGCUACGUGGACAUGUGUCAGUGUGUGUAUGUGUGCGUAUGUGUGCGUGUCUUCUUCUCUACCGCAUGUGUUUCUUGCUUCUGGCUUGGCGCAGAGCCCUGCCUCAUGAUUGGCUCGCCGCCCCUGUGAUGUCAUGGUGUGCUCAGUGCUGGAAUGAAAAGCCCGCUGUGCUCCCCUGCUGGUGAGUGUUCCUGUCUGCGUGCGUUAGCGUCUUUUUCCGUUUGUGGAUGAAGCUACUUUCUCGUUAUUCGUUCCUUUGAAACCCGUCCACCUUGGUGUCAAGCGUCGUUCGGCCCUUGGAUAGGGAGCUGAAGCUCUUUUAACCCCUUGUGUUUUCAGGGGAAAUGUGUUUUUCAGACAUGGGGAAUGUUUUCUUCGGAAAGGGGUUGAUUGCUUUAUUGCGGCUCUACAACACAAAGAUCAGCCUUUUCCCUCCCUUUUGACCUUUUCAACCUGCUUCCGUUAUUCCUCCCUGUUGCGCACAUCACUUUAACUCAUGAUCUUUAUCAGUAGCCUCAGUCAAUAUGCAGUAAAAAUCACAGGCCACUCUAUCGGCAACUAUAGCUACUCCAUAAAAUGUUAUAAACUUUGUGUGUGCUCCCUCUUUAUCUGUUUGCAACGACUGUAGGGCCUCACUGUCAAAUUUCCGGUUCAUUCAUUUGAAACACAGUGAAUGAAGUGGAGAAAUCGUUGGAGGAUCUGAUUCGUGUGAGGAUGUAGAGAUUUGGAGGGUUUCCGGUUAAACGAAGUGUAAAACAGCACGAUGCCACUACGACAUGUGAUGGUGAUGGUAACUGUGCAGCGAGGACAGACAGGUAGCACUGUGAUUGUCUUAUUAACACUGACCCCAGACUCGUGAACUGUGAAGACACAAAAACAUUCAUAUACGAACAAAAGCACACUCAGACACACACCUGUCCAUAUACACAUACAUAAUCAGAAACACAUUACAUCAUCAAACAAUUAUUGCCUGGGCCGAGUGUCAGAUCGUUUCUGGAGUCUGCUACAGCAAUAAUACUUAACUUAAGGAUUUGAAACUGAACGGUGUUAAUGACUGAACUCCUCAGUGAAGACAGAAACUUCAUCCAGAUGAACAGCAAACGAGUUUGGCAUUGGACAGAUCGACCUUCAUGUGAAUGAGUCAGAGAGGAUACACUGAUGCAAGAUCAGACUCAUCUGUAGCGUGUGAGACUGUGGAGGCCUGGGAGGGAUUAUUUGUUUUUCAGCACUAAAAGUAGCAAAAUAUGAACCAGGAUAUUUUCACUUAAUAAACUAAUACCUAUUAAGGAGUUUGCUGCUGCCGUAAGGUGGACACCACCUAACUCCAUUUUUGUUCUCUGAGUUAUUAAGUUGUAGUUGUUAAUGUUUCACAAUUUAAAAAAACUAAAAACGGUGGCAUCACUGUAAAACACCACUUGUUCUCUUCAUCUCUGAAACACUUACUUUAUGCAGAAACCUGACGGCAGCACAAUGAAAGGGUCAUAUCAUAGUAGCAGACAUUUCCUGGAAAUCAAAAGACAAUAUUUUUAAGUACUGUAAAUGCUACUGUAGCCUGUAUGAGCGAAUGAACACAUUAGUUACGCAUCACACACAAAUGCACAUAUUUUCCAUGCCCAGUCCGUGCACACGAGAGCCUCAUCCGAUAUAGCACAUGUUUAUUACAUAUCACAUGUUUUCCACUGUUACUCCACUCAGGUUUUCAGUUCUGCUCUGUCAGAAUCAAAAUAUUUCCGUUUUUAAGUUCUGAGUCCUCCUCUCAAAUGCGAGUGCGGGACACAAAGUGAGCGGGCGGGAUGGGGAUGCACGGGGGGUUUGGGGGUAGACGUAUGAAGCAGGAUGGUUUGUGUGUAAGUGUGUGUGUGUGUGUGUUUGUGGUGGGAAUCUCUUUGAUUAAAUUAAGACCAAAUAAAGGACACAGAGUAUUGAGUAUGUGGCCAGUAACCACUGAAUUCUUUGCCCUGCGCAUGCAAAUGUGCAUUUGAGAGGCAAACGUCUCCGUCAGUUGUGUGUAUCCAAAUUCAUUUCAAAUAGUGAUGAACAGAAAUGAACCACGGUGAAGCGUUACUCCCUCGACAAAGACGUACACCAAAUAAAACAAGACAGUUUAAUUUUAUGAAUGUAAAGCUAAUUUCUCUUCACUGUUUGCAGCUGCCUGCAGGGACUGCCAAAACACAGUCCUUACAGUGUUUUCCAUUUUUGACCCACCAAACAAGACAACCUCUAUUUUUAUUUACAAUGUGUCAAAACUGUAAACUGGCAUGAUUGAUGCAGUUUACAGCUUGUGGAUGAUGGAGGCGGGUGACUCCCUCUUUGUGUUAAUGUAUUAGAUAGUCGAUAUUUAUCAUCUUCUACUGUAUCGGCACAAGAAAGAGGUUGGAUUUAGGCAUUUUAAAGAAAAUCAACGACAUAAUCUUGUGGUGUUCUUGUGUGAUUCAUAAUCCUUAAGAUCCUUUUUACAACAGCCAUUCAAUAUAUUUGCAUGGGAAAUUGACUCUACACUAUAUACUAGCAGUUUUAUGAUGCAGACAACAAAAAUAAACAUGUCUCAAGUAACGUGCAAGACAGCAUUCAAUCAGUAUUACCGUGUCAGAUGACCCUGUUGGCUGCAUUCUUUAGUCUUCAUGAUGAAUCUUAUCAUGCAGUUUGUUUGGUUGUGCUUUACACAAGUUAUUCUUCUUUGUCCUUUCUGGUAAAGAAGCCAUCAAGGCUAUAGUAGCCACUAAAAAUGUGUGUGGAGGAAGCUUUGAAACGUAUUUAGAUUAUAAUGUAGAAGAUUCAAUUUACAGAAAAUAUUGUAAAUGGCACCAAUAAUUGAAUGUGAGAAUCUUUUUGGGGGGGAUAAUCAGAAACAUAUGAAAGGGUAGGGCUUUGUCAGGGAAGAUAGAAGUAUUUCUAAAAUCCAGACAGGUUGCCUCUCAAAGUGUGUUUGCUGUUAAAAAAAAUCACACUUGUUACCACCAGUAACCACAGGUGUCACCAAAUCAGCCAAGACUAAAAUCUUAAGGAUCAUAACUUUAACUUGCGAGCCGUUAUCCCCUUGUUUAGCUUGCACGCAAAAGACCAGAUAUUGAUAAAUCUUGAGGAAAUGUACACUUUGCCUGAGAAGUUAUCUAUGAGGUAGUAUUAUUUUAACAGAAAUCUGAGGUGGAUUUUUUGCAAACAUGAAUUUGGAUUUUCAGUGUGAACUAGUCGCAGGUCCCCACCCCCCAAAAUCAAAUCAUUUGAAUCCAUUUUUUGGAGGGGAAUCAAAUUUAUUUCUCUAGUUUUUUUGAUAAAUUCAAACUCUACCAUGUUUGUGUUACACCGGUAUGUAAAGUGUGUGUGAGUGUGUGAGAUUGUGCUUGUUGGACCAGGGGGAAGAAGAGAGACCGUUUUUACCGUUUUGUGACUUGAGAGGAAGUGUAACCUAUGACGAUGUAUUAAAAAAAAAAAAAAGUAUUGUAAAAUUUUAACUGUUGCGAAGAAUAGAGCUCACCUAUACUCCUUUAGAAUGGAUACAUGACAAUGUAAACGCAAUAUCAUAUUACUCUAUCCUAAGGAAUGCAACUGCGCACAUGCACAAAAAAAUAUGUUUUUAUGAAAAUAUAUGUAUAAAUAUAUGACAAAAUAUAUUUAAUUAGAAUGCUAUGCACCCUCAUAGAGUUGUUAUGGAUGUUCUUUAAGCAUUACCUAGACUAGGCCAACGCCCACAUCAUGGGGAAUGUAGAGGCUUUGUAGCUAUGACCACUUGUUUUCUUUUCUUUUGUAUUUGUCCUGGAGGAGAGGAUAAACAAACGUGAAUAUGUAUACAAGCCUUUCAGUCAGAAUCAUUUUGACAUGAAGAUAUGUAUAGAUCAUCUUACCCUGUACACCAGCUCAAACCAUUUACAAGAAUUAAUAAACAAAGAUGUGACAUAAAUGUUUUGUUGUGUUUUUGUAAUAAGGGAAAUGAGUGCAGCCUGUUUGGAUGUAUUUUGCUUUAAUAUUCCUUCAUAGAUUGUGUAUCCAGUGUAAGUUUAAAGGGGUAUGUGUACCUCAUAUGAAAUCUCUUUUAAGUAAUGCUUUAUUUCAU